AAAAUUUUAAUUUAUGCGAGUUGUACUGUUUUCUUGCAACUCCAUACAUUUCCUUUCCUUUAAAUUCGCAAUUUAUGACAACUGCAAACAGUCAUGGCCAGACAAGGACUUGGCAAACAGCACAAGGUCAUCUCAUCAGGGAGGCUCAUCAGCUCUGGAAGGGGAGUCACUGGGAAAAAGAAGGUACCUGGGAAGCGCCUGGCCCCUGCUUAUUCUCUUUACUCUACAGAUUCUGAGGAUCAGGUUACUACCAUACAUAAGGGUCUAGAUCGCUGUGCUGCUUUGCUAAAUGGCAUUCUUCAGACUGAAGAAAGAGAUUUAGCAGACAGGAAGACAUCUUGCUCAAAACCUGGAAAGUCCAUUUCUUCAAAUCCAAAACAAAAAUUACCAUCUGGAAAAGGUGAGAAUGCACAGAAAAAGCACGUGAAGAGGAUGGUCUCAGUCACCCAAGCUCACACAAGGCCAGCUGCGGUCCAGAAGACUAUUUUGUCCUCUCAGGCUUACCUUGGAACGAGGGAACAGUGUUGCUUUCACUCUGAGCACAAUGUGACUGGACAGCCAGCCCUGAUGCCAGGGUCCAUCCCUGGUUUGGCUGAGCAAGCCCACCUGCAGAAGGAAUUGCUGGUUGCCCAGGUGCCACAGAGCACCAGUCUUCCCAGCACAGGGAUACCGAACUCCACCGUUUUUAACUGUUGCUUGACAACAUCCACACCAAACUUGAGUCCUCCAAGAUCUAAUUUGAUCUACGACAAACCCGAGAUGCUUCAGCCCCCUCAGCAGAGUCUUGUACCUGCAACCCUGGGAUCUCCUCACCAAAGGCAAGAAACCUUGUUUCCUAACAAGGUGCCGUGUGCCUGUUUGCAACCGGAGGCAAAUGUAGCAUGUAUGGCAGAGGUGGUCCAGGUUCACCAAGAACCCUGUGGCUGUUUUCCGGAGGCUUGUUCUCAACAAGUGGCAGAAUGCUCUGAUAGCCGCCCCCCAGCAGUCGUGUCGGGUGAAAGCUCAGAGUACAGCGACGAAAGUACAACUGAUGAGGAUGAGCUGGACUAUGUGGACAUCACUCCUGUCAGGGACACCAGUUGCCAGACCAGCUUCAGCAGACAAAAGCUGUACACUGAGGCAAAGAAGAUGAGCCCUGUGAAAACUGCCAAGAAGGUUAUGACAGUGAAGUGCCUUCUUGGGGAGCUGAAGGCCCUUGUAGCCAAAAAAGCUGACUGCGAAGCUCUGCGUCUGAUCGCUGAGGUGGAGCAGAGUGUGGACCUACUUCCUGCCAUCGUGGGCAGCACCAACAUCCAGGCUGAGAUUGCACUAGCCAUUCAGCCUUUGAGAAGCGAGAAUUCACAGCUGCGCAGGCGUCUGAGGAUAGUAAACCAGCAGUUGAUGGAGCGUGAAAGAGCUGAGAGGGAGGCCAGACCUGCCGACUGCAAUUUUGAAUUAAUUUCCUUGCAAUCUAUGAACUUGGCACUGCAGAGCCAGCUGAAGGAAGCUGAGAAAGAUUUGGAGGUGCUGAGGAAAAGUAAUGAAGAGCUACAGCAGGACAAUGGGCAGCUCCGGAAUGCCAUGGAGGACAAAGAUAGGGAGCUGCAGGAGGCCAGGCGCCAAUGUGAACUGGAUAUCAGCCGUGUCAAAAUAGAUGUAGAUGCCGCUCUUUCAGAAAUGAAAAGCUGUCAGUUUAAGCUUGAAGCAUCAGAACAAGAGAACAAAAUUCUGAAUUUACGUCUUCAGCAGCAGGAAGUUGAGAUCAGUAGGUUAAGAGAGAUGGCCAGGCAUGUUCCUGGCAGCAUGUUGGGGUUCUCGGAACUCCCUCUGGAAAAGGAGACUUCCAAUCCUGCUUCACACCUCAGUAAAACAGUUCUAGACUUGUUUGAAAAACAACAGAAGGAAGCCUGUCAGAAUGAUCCUGUUCCUGGCUCCAUUAAUAUGUAUCUGAAGACGCUGGAGGUAAACGAGCAGGUGACUUCUCCAGAGGCAGCCUUCCCUCCUGAAAAAGCCCCUGCUCAGAUAGAGUGGAGCAGAAGAGUAAGGCAACCAGAGGAAAACUCCCACUCGCCACCACACCACGGUGUUUGUUCAGCUGCUGAACGCCGUUUUAAUUUGAGCCUCGGCAGGGAACCGGAACAAGGGAGAACCAGCUAUGUCCCACUGAGAGAAACUGUAAACGUGCAGCCAUCAGGAAGCCCAGUGAAAUCACUGGGAGGAAAAAAUGGCAUGAAAAACAUUCACGAACCAAGGUUUCUGUCCAAAACACUGGAAAAACUACACCUUUCAAAGGAUUCUUUCGGUGGCAACAGCAGUGAUUUCACCAUCAGGCAUUCAAACGCAAUUGAUCUGUCAGACAGUAAAAAUGCCACACCUUUAAAUGAGAUUCAGCAUUUGGGAGCAUUUGAGAGCAGAGUGAAGGCAAAUGGUACAAAUCUAUCAGGCCCUGACUCUACCUUCCUGUCCUGUGAGACCCUGGGCUCUAACUGGAGCACUAGCUCCUGGUCCACAUUCAACACACAGGAUGAGCUGAACUUCCGGCAUGGAUUAGCUGCUCUUGAUGCAAGUAUUGCAAGCCUCCAAAAAACAAUCCAGUCUGAUUUGAAGAGAUGACUUCAAAGCACUAAACUAUG